UAUUGUUGCCGGCGUGGAAUCCGACAAGCGCAGAAAAAAUACCACUAACUCUGAAAAUUUUUGGAAAACAAAUUCAGUUAAGCCUGCAUAGAAACGAUCAAAUAGUAUCGUCUAUGUUUAAAGUAUGGAAACAUGACGCAAAAAACAUCACAGAAGAUCUAUCGCAAUUAUACACAUCAAAUCCUUGUUAUUACGUUCAUAAAGAUCAAAUCAGCACAGCGGCCAUAAAUUUUUGUCAAGAACAUGGUUGGAAAGGAUUUAUUUUUUUGAAAUACGACACUUUGGAAAUUAGACCUUUGCAAAAAGACUAUGCGUCUUUGUCCUCAGUUGACGAUUUUUGCGUUAAAGAAAAGAUGAAUAUUUCAUUUGGCAAACCUCACCUAAUUAAAAGAUCUUUGCAAUUAUCUGCUGAUUCCAGUUUUCAUAAUUUGGAUAAUUUUAAACUAAAGCGACGUGAUGUACAAAAUAUGCAAAAAAAAUUAACUAUAGAACUGGCUGUUUUCUUCGACGAAGCCGCAUAUCGUACCUUCAUGUCAUUUCUGCACAAUGAUGAGAAAAUAUUGCACAUGUUGAUAUUAGCGUAUGUGAAUAAUAUCCAAGCUGUGUACCAUCAUCCUAGUUUGGGUGUUUCCAUCGACAUUUCGUUGGUACAUUUGGAAAUUAUGAAUGAACAACCGUCAGAUUUGCCAACUUAUGGAGGCAGCGCUGUAGAACUGCUCGAUUCGUUCUGCAAUUACUUGGACACUCGCAAUUCUCCGAACGACAAUAAUUCGCGUCACUGGGACCUUGGUCUUUAUUUAACCGGACUAAAUAUUUUGCACAAAGACGACUACUUAGCAGGACUAGCCAACCCCACUGAAGUGUGCGAAUCAAAUACUUCGUGCGCCGUAGUAGAAUUCGGUAUUGCACAUGAUCUGACAUCAGGUUUUGCAUCGUCUCUCGUUGCUGCUCAUGAGAUCGGCCAUGUUUUAGGAAUGGAACACGAUUCCGAUUAUACAAAACCAUGUGAUACAUACAAAUACAUAAUGUCAUCUGACAUAUUCUAUCAAGGCCAAGUAACAUGGUCCGAGUGCAGUCGUAAUAUAGCUGAAGGACUCUGGGACAGAAAAAAGUGCCUUCGAGAUCAUACGAUAAAUCUCGAAGACGCAUAUGACCAUUCGCGGUAUGAAAAUUUACCCGGAAGACAAUGGACCGCCAAAGCACAAUGCGAAAUAUUUUUUCACGACAAAAAUGCCAACGUAGUCUCGUUGCUCGAUAUAUGUAAAACCUUACAAUGUGAAACGCCUAACAAUAAUUUGUAUUCCUUCACGGGACCGGCGUUGCCAGGAACUUAUUGCGCACCCGGGAAGGAAUGUCGCGGCGGAGAAUGCGUCCCCGUUAUCGAACCACCGUACAUUUUCAAGUAUUGUGAAGAUGAUAACUGGAGUGAAUGGGAAGAAGGCACCUGUCAAAGUAAUUGCUUGAAGAAAUCCAAAGGCAUAAAAGUCAAACGACGAUCCUGCACACAUGAAAAUGACAAAAUGACACGUUGCGAAGGAUCAUAUUACGACAUAGUUCUGUGCAAUGGUUCGUUUUGCCCUGAAAAUCGCACGACAAUCUCCAAGUUAACUACCAAUAAAUGCAUUAAAUUCAGCCGUAUUAUGAAGCGUGCAGCAUAUAAUGUCGAAUUGGAAGCGGGACCGGGAGUUCAGGUCCCUUAUAAUGUCGCGGAACCGUGGAAGGCCUGUACUAUACACUGCCGACGAAAGAAUUCAUCUACUAUCUACGCACCACGUUUAGAAAUGCUCAACUUGAAUAUCGAUCCAUACUACACAGAUGGAACGUGGUGUCACCAUAAAGAUGGUCUGGAUUAUUACUGCCGCCAACAUUACUGUCUGCCGGAAAGAUAUUCUUAAGAAAAAUUGUUGACUUGUGUCAACGAGAAUCGAAAAAAGAGAAAAGUAUGAAACGAUCGAAAAUCAGUCUCGAAUAGUUGGUCCAUUUGUUUGAUACCGAAUAUUUGAUCGAAAAAUCUGUCGUGUUAUGAAUAUCUGUUUUAUGUCAUCGAUACCUUGCUUAACGUAAACAAAUGGACGAAGAAUUACGUCGACUUUCCAACAUACGAAAAGGAAUUCCGUCGAUUAACAUUACAAAAAACGUAAAAAAGACAACAAAAAAUAAUAAGUAAUAAUUAACAUGUUUGCAAAACGGUCUAAUUAAUAGCUGAAUAAAGUGAGGGUAUUUUUAUUUCGUUUGAGAUAAUGUGUCGAGAGAAAGUGAACGAGAACGGUAACGUCACUCACUACGUUAUAUAUUUUAAUAGUCUGUCAAUAUUU